GAGCCGCAGCGAUGGACGACGACAGUCUGGACGAGUUCCGCCGGUGCUGGCAGGAGGAGCUGGCUCAGGCACAAGCGCUGAGGAAGCGGCGGCGGCCUGAGGCUGCCGAGCGGCGGCCACGGCGGCCCGAGGUGGUGUCCGGGCGCGGCGAGCAGCAGGCCUCGGGGUACCUGGCGCUGGCCCAGGGUCUUUUAGAGGGCGCGGGGCGGCCUCCGGCGGCGCGGGCGACCCGGGCCGAGAGGCAGGAGGCGGCGAGCCGUUCCCGCUCCCCUCCGGCCCGCGACGCUGCCGGGGGCGGAGAGCAGCUGGUGGACCAGCUCAUCCGGGACCUGAAUGAAAUGGAUGAUGUUCCCUUCUUUGAUAUCCAACUGCCUUAUGAGUUGGCAAUCAAUAUAUUUCAGUAUCUGAACAGGAGAGAACUAGGACGGUGUGCACAGGUGAGCAAGACAUGGAAGGUGAUUGCGGAGGACGAGGUGCUGUGGUACAGGCUGUGCCAGCAGGAAGGCCACCUCCCCGAGAGCAGCAUCUCCGAUUAUUCUUGCUGGAAGCUCGUCUUCCAAGAGUGCCGAGCCAAGGAGCACAUGUUGAGAACCAACUGGAAGAAUCGCAAAGGCGCGGUGAGUGAGCUGGAACACAUUCCCGACGCAGUUUUAUGUGAUGUGCACUCUCACGAUGGCGUUGUCAUUGCUGGAUACACGUCAGGGGACGUGAGGGUGUGGGACACCCGCACCUGGGACUACACAGCCCCCUUCCUGGAAUCAGAGUUUGAGGAGGAUGAGCCUGGAAUGCAGCCAUAUGUCUCCUUUGUGAGGAUAAACAGCUCGCUGGCGGUGGCGGCUUACGAGGAUGGUAAGUAACUGCAACCCUCCUCCCUGUUAAGAAAAAA